AUGUUCUCCAAGGUCGUUGCUCUCACUCUCGCUGGCGCCGUCGCCGUCCAGGCCGGCCACCUCGCCGGCAACGGCACCAUGACCACCGUCACCGAGGUCGUCGACGUCUACACCACGUACUGCCCGGAGCCCACCCACCUGACCAUGAACAACAAGACGUACACGGUCACCGAGGCCUGCACCUUUACCAUUACCGACUGCCCCUGCACCGUCACCAAGGCUGUUCCUACCAACGGUGGUCACAACGGUAACAACGGAAACAAUGGCAACAACGGAAACAAUGGCAACAACGGUAACAACGGUGGCAAUGGCAACAAGGGUGGCAACGGCGGCAACGGCAACAACGGUGGCAACGGUAACAACGGUGGCAAUGGCAACAACGGCAACGGCGGCAAGACCCCUGCCCCUACCACCGGCCCCGUCACCACCGGCACCCCCGGCGGCAACCAGUGCCCCGGCGGCAAGGACUGCCCUCCUCCCGUCGUCGGCGCUGCCGGCCAGAACACGGCCGCCUACGGCAUGGCCCUCGCCGGUGCCAUUGCCGCCGCCGCCGUCGCUCUGUAA